AUGAAACUCGUGCUGUCUCUCGUCGUUUUCGCGUCAGGCCACGCUAUCCAGGUCUUUGACGGCGUGUUUGCGCCGCCGACGUGCGAGGCGCUGAAUGUGGCGGCCAACGCGCGCGGCCUGGGCCAUGCUCUCUACACGCGCUCAGUCGGGCCGCGCACGGCGCUCGAGCACGCGUUCGAGUCCUUUCUUUCCGAGGUCGACGACGAUUCUCCGCACGUCGAGUACUGGUCUCGGCAGGAGUGGAAGCACAUCGAGGCCCACGCGGACGUCGACGAGGCGCUGGCCGCAGGAGGAGGCCCUCUGCGCUACCCGCGGCACGCUCACGUGCUCUACCUCGACGUGGGGAGCCGAGUGCGAGGCCCGACGUGCGUGUGGGAGGCGGGCCGUGGCGAAGACGGUCGCCCGCCGCGGUUCGCAGGCGCGAUGACAGUGGUGCCCGCCGUCGCGGGCCGCGUACUCCGAUUCGACGGCUCGCUGCAACACGCUGUCCCUCGCCCCGCUGACGUCUGGCUAGCGCCGUUUGUCAUCUCUCAGUCCGGCCCUCCGGAGGACUUUGGCCGCUCGGUGGUGCUCUUCAACUGCUGGCCAGAAGCGGAGGCGCCGCCGCACGAAGGCAGCGACGAUGAAGCUGUGGCUGCUGGGCGAACGGGAGCGGCGAGGCUCGCGGCCUCGCUGGGCCAGAACGUCGGCCCCGAGUGCUCCGCAGCAGCCUCGCUGAGCCAGAACGUCGGCUCGCGAGUGGUGCACUAA